UAUAUUAGAUUCUGUAAAAAGUCAUUUUGAGAUCGUUACCAAAACUGGAAUUUAUCUUUAAUGAUAGCUAGUUCUGUUUAUCAAGGAUAUGAAGGAAGUAAGAAUUUCUAAAUUCCCACUUCCCUGUUUUAUGAUUACUUAAAUAUGUAUAUACUUCCUUUCACCCUCUUUGUUCCUUUUUUUCUUUUGCGCCUAUAAUAGGGCUCUUUGCAGAAAGGAUUUGGCGCACUACAAAGUUUACCUAUUAAUAUGCAUUAUUAAUGUUAUCAACACAUAUAUACUUUUUGUUUUGUAAUAUUUUAGGUAUAGAUGUGUGUUUUCUCUUUUUUUUCGAUUUUGGCAGAUUUCGUUUGGUGCUUCAGACUGCAAGAACUCAUCAUGAAAAAUCAAGUAGCUUUGAUUUUCUUCCUGAUCAAACUUUAUGGGAGUAUGGCAGACGACAUCUCCUUUGAAAACAGCCAAAAUACAAGUUCCACCGUAGAGGGCGUCACACUGACAAGUGAAAGAGCUGUUCUUAACGAUGUGUUUCUCAAUUACACCAUGACGACGGAAGGUUACGAUGCCUUCGCAUGGGUAACAGCCAGAGGGGGUAUUGCGAUGGAUAGAGAAGAAAGUAUGUUUAUUGAAAGGAUAGAGAGAAACCUGAGCAACGGAAGUGACAUGGACCACACCACAAAGUCCUGUGAUGCUUGGGAAUGGAAUGUACUAAGAUGGGGAAUAUUCGACUGUAUCCAGGUACUCAUCGGUGUCUUUGGCAUCAUCGGGAACCUUCUUGUUAUUGUCGUCCUAGCCAAACGCCGUGAGGCCUUGAACUCGAUGGAUAUCAUGGUGGGUGCGUUGGCCAUUGCCGACUUGGUCAGCUCCGUCUUUAUCAUCCCGGUGCCGACAUCGAAGAGGAUACCGCGCUCGCCGCUAGGGUUCUUCUUCUGCAAGAUGAUAGACUCUCGGUAUUUCCUAUUUCAUGGACAGCAGACAUCAUCCUACAUUCUCAUGGCAAUGGGAAUCGAACGUUACAUGGCUGUAGCGAAUCCUCUUUACCACAGGUUUGUAUUUACCCCUCGACGCAGCAAGAUGGCCAUCAUGCUUAUCUGGGUGGCUGGCAUACUUUCCGCGUUGUUCAUCCCCUUUGUCUUUCUGAUAACUCCCCAGUGCACCUGCCACUAUACGGAGCUGUCCCAAGCGCUGUCCUCCCCAUUGGAAUCUUCAAUUACCUGGUGACCGUAGUCCUACCGAUCACGACCCUCCUCAUCACUCAAAGUCUCACGGCAUAUUCCCUUCACAAGAAAG